AUGGCGGACUCAAUUCGCACACUAGCUGUGCAGUACUUCCAGCUAGUUGAUCCGCCCAACCUGGCACUACCACCGGGCAAUGUUCUCGUUCACCCAGCCGUACAGCAAGCCAUAUACGAGCAAAUGUUCGACGAAACGCUCACCCCACUCCCGCCAGUCACGUACCGGACAAGAGUCUUGAAGCAGAUCAUCGCGCGAAUUGAAGAAGCGAUCACAGACCCAGAAAAAGAUGAAAUACUCGAUAGCCUAAUGGAAAGCUGGGGCAACCUAGUAAUCCUCCCCAAACCCUCCGCCCUCGAACAAGCCCAACAACUAUCCUCAAUAAAAUACACCGCGCCUAUACAACCCCAAAACUCAACCUCAGCCACCAACGAACGAACAAUCAACAUCCUCGAAUCCCGAGGCCUCAUCCUCUCCGGCGGCACAACAGGAAAUAGAACCUGGGAAGCAGCCCUCCACCUAGGCUCAUUCCUCUCCACACCAACCGGAAUGGCCCUAAUCCACGACAAACGAGUAAUCGAGCUCGGUGCGGGAACAGGGUUUCUCUCUCUUUUCUGCGCGCGUCAUCUAGGCGUGAAGGGCGUUGUUGCAACAGAUCGCGAGCUAUUCCUUAUUGAAAAUAUGCGCGCGUGCGCGAGACUCAAUCGCACGGAUGAAGAUGGUGAUAUACCCUUUUACCCGGCAAUUUGGGAUUGGGGAACAACCCUUGAAAAGACAGAGGAAAUGAAUUCAAUGACUGGAGGCGGGAAGUUGGAAUUUGAUGUUGCGCUUGGAGCUGAUUUGAUCUACGAUACAGACCUCGUCCCCCUUCUAAUCUCAACCGUCCAAGACCUAUUCUCGAAUUACGGGGUCAGUCAAUUUAUUAUUGCUGCGACGUUGCGGAAUGAGAAUACAUUCCGGACCUUCCUUGAUGCGUGCGAAGGAAAUGCAUUCAAGGUUGAGAUGUUGCCGUUUGAGUCUACUGCGUCGGAGGAACAGACUGGGUUUUUCCAUUCGACGAGUAUUCCGAUUCAUACGUAUUUGAUUUCGAGGGCGUGA